AUGGUGGAGUAUGUGCUGUCUUUUCGAGAAAGGCUCACUGAGCUCAUGGGUUUGUCCAGGGAGUACUUAGCCCAGGCCAAAGGGAAACAGGAGGUCGGGUGCGACCGCUCACUGCGUGCCUGCUCCUAUGGCACCCGGGACCAGGGGAUGGUUCUCAUCUCUGUGCAGAAGAAUAAGAAUAAGAAUCUCCAGGCUGCCUGGGAUGGGCCCUUUGAGGCCAUCAAGCAGUGGAAUGAGCUUAAUGCCAUCACCGUGUCCGAUGCCUACCCCAUGCCUAGGCCUGAUGAGAUCCUGGACAAAAACCAAACGGCUGUCACAGAAUUUAUCCUCCUGGGAUUCGGGGAUCUCCCUGACCUGCAAAUUCUACUCUUCCUGAUGUUCCUAGUGAUCUACAUGGCAACCGUGGCUGGGAACAUGCUCAUCACUGCACUAGUUGUGGCUGAUCAGCACCUUCACACCCCCAUGUACUUCUUCCUGGGGAACUUGUCCGGCUUGGAGACCUGCUACACCUCCACCAUCCUGCCCAGGAUGCUGGUCAGUCUCCUGACUGGGGACAAAACCAUCUCCUUCAGUGGCUGCUUCUCACAACUGUAUUUCUUUGCUUCUCUGUCUGGUACGGAAUGCUAUCUCCUAGCAGCGAUGUCUUAUGAUCGGUAUUUAGCGAUAUGUAAACCCCUGCACUAUUCAACUCUAAUGAAUAACAGGUUUUGCCUCCAGUUGGCUGCUGGGUCAUGGUUAAAUGGUUGUUUGGCUACUACAAUCUUUGGCUUAUUCCUAUCACAGUUAACAUUCUGUGGUCCAAAUGAAAUUGACCAUUUCUAUUGUGAUCCCAUGCCACUGAUGGAACUCUCCUGCAGUGACACACACCUGAGCAUAUUGGUGGAUUUGAUAAUAGCCGGUUUAUUCACCCUGCCUCCAUUCCUACUAACCCUGACGUCCUAUGUGUUUAUCCUUGCCAGCAUCCUGAGAAUCCCUUCCACCACCGGGAGACAAAAGGCGUUUUCCACCUGCUCCUCUCACCUCACUGUAGUGACAAUUUUCUAUGGAACCAUAAUGAUUUUCUAUAUGCUACCGAAAAGUGAUACACUCAGAGAUCUGAAGAAAGUGCUCUCUCUUUGCUUCACGGUCCUAACUCCCCUGGUAAACCCCCUCAUCUACAGCCUGAGAAACAGAGAGGUCAAGGAAGCCUUAAGCAAAGCAGUCAGUAAAUGCGGCUUUCACAAAAACUUGCAGAGUCUCUGA